AUGCCCCCGUCGUCUGGUUCUCGGGAAAUCCACGUCUUGAAGACGCAGUACUACGCUGUCAAGAUUAAGAAGUAUAGCAAGCGUAUCGUGUCUCUGCUCUACCUCCUCAACAUGCUCGACGCACGCAACUACACCAUCGGCUGGAUCUAUGCUGUGGAAUGCGAGUUCGUAGCAGCAAGGGCUUUCCUGAGCAAAACACACGAGGGACCGAUAUACCUCGGCAUCCACGAUAAAAACGAAUAUGCGCUCGGUGAAAUGGCGGGACACAACAUUGUCAUAACCGUCCUGCCCAGAGACAACUACGGAAUAUGCCAGGCCACAGUGGCGGCCGCGAGCAUGGUGUAUAGUUUUCCCAACGUCCGCAUCGGCCUCAUGGUCGGCAUUGGCGGAGGCGUUCCAAGCGCGAGAAACGACAUUCGACUCGGAGCUGUUGUCGUCGGCGUCCCCCAGGGCUCACACUCAGCCGUUCUCCAGUACGAUCUCGGCAAGAUGGCCCAAGGCGAGGCAUUUGAGACUCGGAGCCACCUGAACAAAGCACCCAGCCUCCUCCGCAGCGCCGUGCAGAAGUUGGAAGCCAGAUACCACUUCGAUGGUGUUCACCUUUUAGACGCCGUGGAGAAGGCAGCGCAGAAGAUUGAGGAUGGCGACUACUACCGUCGACCACCGAUCACCUCUGACAGGCUCUUCCGGUCCUCCUUCACGCACCCUUCUUCGAAACCAUCCCUUCCGUGCAGUCAAGUUUGCAAAGGGACAUCUCAUCUUCAGGCCCGGCGGGCCCGAAGUGGAAGACCAGGCGACCCUUUCGUCCACUAUGGGCUGAUAGCCUCGGGGAACCUGAGAAUAUCCUCUGCUUUGAGACGGAAGCGGCAGGCCUGGUGGAUUCGUUCCCCAGUAUUGUUAUCCGCGGAAUCUGUGACUAUUCAGACACACACAAAAUUGACGAGUGGCAAGGUUUCGCGGCGAUGA